AUCGGAUUUUCUUAAUGGUCGUCAAUUUAGUUACACUUAUAAUAGACAUUUUUCACUCGAUUUAUAAUAUUGUCGAUUGUGCAGCAUAAUUAUGUUUGUAGUGAGGACCUAUAUAUAAUAUAAUUCAUAAUAAAAGUUAUUAAUCAGUAUCUCGUUAAAGUUUUAACAUAAAAUUAAUACAAUGGCUGCAACCAGACGACUACAGAAGGAAUUAAAUGAUAUUAGACAGUCAGGAUUAAAAUCAUUUAGAGACAUUCAGGUUGAUGAGUCCAAUAUCCUCACGUGGCAGGGUCUUAUUGUCCCAGAUAAUCCACCUUAUAACAAAGGUGCAUUUCGUAUUGAAAUCAACUUUCCAGCAGAGUAUCCAUUUAAACCUCCAAAAAUUAGUUUCAAAACUAAAAUCUACCAUCCAAAUAUUGAUGAAAAAGGUCAAGUAUGCCUGCCCAUCAUAAGUGCUGAGAAUUGGAAACCUGCCACCAAGACUGAUCAAGUAAUUCAAGCAUUAGUGGCUCUUGUCAAUGAUCCAGAACCUGAACAUCCUUUGCGCGCAGAUCUUGCUGAGGAAUUCCUCAAGGAUCGAAAGAAAUUCACAAAGAAUGCAGAGGAGUUUACUAAGAAAAACAGUGAAAAACGGCCUACAGAUUAAAUAGUACUACUUAUUUGAAAAAAAUCUUUGUAUGCUCUGGAUUUACAACAACAGUUCACAAUAUUAUAAAAAUUGCUUAUUACAUAUAAAUGUUUUUUGUUAUACCUAAUAUGGUGUUGCACUCUGAACAAAUGCUAAUUUAAAUAUUCUGCAUUUAUUUUUCAAUAUAGAUAAAAAAGUUAACUGUUUAAUUUCCUGACUAGGAAAUGAAACAGAUACUUUUCAUACUUGGCUAACUUUUAAACUGUUACUGUACUUUUAAUCAUUAUACUUUAUCACUGAUAAAAGUUAUUAAUUUUCAAUCACCCUUUGCUUGCAAUAAUAUUAUAUUACUUGUACAAUAAUAAAUAGCUGCAUGAUUUAAUGAGAUAGUACUAGAUCUGUAUACGGAUCUUUAAUUCUUUACGUCUUUUAUUAAUUUGGGAUAGGCAGAGAUGGAUGGAUGUAUUAGAUGUAUUAAAUAAAAUGUGAAAUGCUGUGUUUUGAAGUUUUUCAGCUGGGUUAUUGCUUAUUAGGUUGUUAAUUACUAUUAUGUAUAUAAUACUACUUACUACCUUCAGUGAGAUAGUAAAGAAUAUUUAGAAUUAAAUAUUAUCUGCCUUAAAAGAUAUAAACUUGAGCAUACAUUUUACAUAUUAUUUGAGUAUUAUAGAAUGUUGCUUUGUCUACUAGUCUUGUCACUGAGGAAUUUGACCCUAACAAUAAUUUUUCUGUAAUUGAAUUUUAACAGUAUUUAAUGAUUAAGAAAUAGGACUGAACAAUUUUCUAUCGAGAUCUCUAUUAUUUUUACAUAUGAAAUUUAUCAGUGAAAAUUCUGUAUAAUUCAUUAAUUGUAACAAUACAGUUUCAAUUAUGGAGUAAUUACUAUUAGGGUGGGCAAAAAAAUUUCCUAAUAAAUAGACUAUACAUGAAGUUGUUUGAAUCUAAGAAAAAAAUAUAGCAAUGUAAGUAAACAAAAAAAAAUAUGCCACUGAAGAUGUUCGUGUACCUAUACAAUGUAAGACCACAGGUGAGGAACAAUUCCUAAUGUCUUUUUGGUCGUGAAAAUAGAACACAAAAUUGUAUUUGUACUCACAUGAUUCUGUGAUGAGCAUCUCUGUAGCUUUGACCUCUGUUAAGAAAACUGUCUGCGAAAGCUAUUAAUUUUUCCGUAUGCAAUAUGCAUAAUUUAAACGGCUUAAUUUCACGAAAAUAAAUUAACAAGUCUUUCUAGAAAAUAAUAAAUGGAUAACUUUAACUGUCUAUUUAUGCCCAAGUUUCCUAUUUCAUUUUCCACUAUAAAUUAAUGUAUUUUGUAACAUACUGUGUUUUGAUAGUUCAGUGAGAGAAUUUUAAAUAUAUUUUUUUUCAACUUA